AUGAUGAAAUUUUGUUAUAUAGGAAUAAUUCAUGCGUUUUACAUAAUUUACAAAUAUCGUAGCGAUGCAGCUAGAGUUAACAAUCCGAACAAUCCAGCUGGAGUUAACAAUCCAAAUGAUCCAAGAUACAAUAAUCAAGCCCGUCAGUAUCAAAAUUCUCCUUCGGUUGCUAUUCCGAUUGACGAUAAUAAUACAACUUCACAACAAAAUGAUAAAUCUUCGUACAAAUCCCCGGAAAUUUCUCAAGUUCCAAUGAAAGGGCUUCAACCACCACCAAAGUACCCCGAAAAUGUAGUACCAACAUCUAAGUCGCCAUCACCACAUUAUGGAACUCAUACUAUAGAUGAAUCAGAUCCAAAUCCAUUACCUUAUUCUUAUAAAUUUAAAUUUUAUGAUUAUGAAUCAUUUGUACCUUUAAUUUCUUCCGAAAAUGCUAAAGUAAUUCCUGACCAAUACAUUAUAAUUUUUAAAAAAUAUCUUGACCAAGAUAGAAUUAAUUCUCAUUAUAAUCAAUUACGUCAAUUAAUUGCUCAAAAUGAUGAUGAAAUUAAUAUAAAUGAAAUCCGUCAUACUUAUGAUUUUAAUGAAUUUAAAGGUUAUGCCGGAAAGUUUUCCGCAAAGGUUGAUUAUGUUGAAAAAGACAAAAUAGUUCAAAUAAAUUAUGAAAAUAACAAGAUAAAAAAAUAUAAAAUUCAGCAUAAUCCUCCGUGGGGUUUAGCUAGAAUUUCUGCAAGAGUUGAUGAUUGGCCAUCUGAUUCAGAACGUUAUUGGUAUCAUGAAAGUGGUGGUAAUGGUGUGACUGUAUAUAUCUUAGAUACUGGUGUAAACAUACAUCACGAUGAGUUUGAAGGAAGAGCUAUUUGGGGUGUUGAUUAUUCUAAUGAUUAUUAUGAUGGUGAUGGGCAUGGUCAUGGAACUCAUGUUGCUGGAAUAGUUGCGGGUAAAACUUAUGGAGUCGCCAAGAAUGCGAUAGUAGUUGCUGUCAAAGUUCUGAACUCUUACGGUUAUGGCUAUAUUUCAGACAUCAUCAAAGGUAUCGAAUGGACGGUUAUUCAACAUAAAACAAAAGAAAUGAAUAGUGAUUACAAGGGGUCUGUCAUCAAUAUGAGUUUAGGCGGUGAUAAAAGUAUUGCCACAAAUGAGGCUGUCAAUGCGGCUGUAAAAGAAGGGGUCGUUGUUGCUGUGGCAGCUGGAAAUGAAAAUGAUGAUGCUUGUAAUGGAUCACCAGCAUCUGCCGAGCUAGCUAUUACUGUAGGCGCUUCUGAUAUUGAUGAUUACUGUGCAGGGUUUUCUAAUCAUGGCAAAUGUGUCGAUAUUUUUGCUCCGGGUGUGGAUAUUUUAUCAUCAUGGAUAGGUUCAGAAAAUAAUGUGAUUGCAACUUUAUCAGGAACUUCAAUGUCUUCUCCUCAUAUAAGUGGUUUAAGUGCUUUAUUUAUUUCAAUGGGUAUUGCAAAUAAUCCAAAAGAUGUUAAAAAUAAAAUUAUUGAACUUUCUACACGAGAUGCAUUAAAAAAAAUACCUAAUAUUCUUACUCCUAACAG